UGUUGACAACUUGCUUCAUUAAAAAGGCGGGUAAAUGGUGACUUGGGUAAAGCUGUGAGCAACCUGCUGUUACCGCUUUGUUUUGGGGUGUAGCUCCAGAGAGCAGCUCGCUGACAGACCGCAGGACAGAGCUGAGGGACAGUCGGCAGUGAUGGCGGGUAAAAGAGGAGCUCUCAUCGUGCUGGAGGGGGUGGACAGGGCCGGGAAGACGACGCAGUGUAGGCGGCUGGUUCAGGCGCUGCAGCAGAACGGCCGACCCGCAGAGAUGAUGAGAUUCCCCGACAGGACCACAACAAUUGGACAGCUGAUCAGCACCUACCUGGAGAAGAAGAGCGAUCUGGAGGACCACACGGUGCACCUGCUGUUCUCUGCAAACCGCUGGGAGCUGGUGCCUCUAAUGAAGAAGAAGCUGGAGCAGGGCACCACUCUGGUCGUAGAUAGGUACGCCUUCUCUGGAGUUGCUUUCACCAGUGCAAAGCCGGGUUUCUCUCUGGACUGGUGCAUGAAGCCUGACGUGGGACUGCCCAAGCCGGACCUUGUUAUGUUUCUGCAGCUCAGUCCGGCCGAGGCUGCUCUCAGAGGACAGUUUGGAGAAGAGAGAUACGAGACCAGUGUUUUCCAAAGAGCGGUUCAACAGAAAUUUGAACAGCUGAUGAAGGAUCCUUUGGUCAACUGGCAGGUAAUCGAUGCUUCUCAGGGUGUUGAGGAUGUGCACAAGGACAUCAUGACACACAGCUUGAAUGCGAUCAACACAGCUCAAAACCUGGAGCUUGGAGAGCUGUGGAAGUGAUCCUGAACCAGUGACCUUGCACCUGCUGGUUUGAGAGUAACAGUCUGCUGGUGCAGCAGCUUAAUGACUCUUGUACGUGCUUCUCUGAAGCAUCUUUAUUAAACUGCGUUUCAUAUAAUUUUAUCCUUGAAACUGAAGAGAGAUGUACCAUCGUCAAAUAUCAGAUUCUGACUUUAUUUGUUUUUAAUCCUCUUACAUGUGUAUUGUUCUUUCACCUGUCUAUAUAUUGUGAUUAAAUAAAUAAUCUUCAAAUGAA